GCACGAUUUUUGUUUUCACUUAGUCGUACAACAUGUGGUUAGAUGUUGUUUAUUUCAUCCAAUUGUACAUAAUCGACAAUAUUAUUUUUUCCUCCAUGAUAAAUGUAAUAGCAACUGUUUACUAAAUACCACGUUUUAUGUUGGUUAUCAUUUUAGAUAUUGUUGCCGUACGGUUUUAUACUCCUUCUUCGUCAAGGCGUUUUACAGACCAUUUAGGCCCAUUACCACAACAACCACUUGCCUCCAUCUUGUCUCUAUCCCUCGCCAGUUCUUCCCCAUUCUCUAUUCCAUGUUCUUUCAAGUCCUUGACCACUCUAUCCUUCCAUCUUUGAUCUUUGUCUAGAACGUCCUCUAGGUCUAUUUGUGUUUGGUUUCCAUUUCGUAACUUUUUCGCCGACCAUCCGUCGGCUAGGACGAGCAUAGUUCGGCCCCCUCGGUUCUUUAUUAGAAUAGAAAAUGGGACAUUUAUCUAUAGUUACUGGAAUAUUAUUCUUUUCUAUAGCAUCUUGUAAUCCAAUAAUUCAAACUGAGAAUGGAUUACUUAAAGGACAAGAACAAAAAUCCAGAGGCGGCAGAUCAUAUUAUUCAUUUACUGGUAUACCUUAUGCGAAACCUCCAAUCAGAGAAUUGCGACUACAAGUACGUAAUAGAACGCCCCCCCCCCAACCAGUAGAUCCAUGGAAAGAAACUUUAGAUGCAACAAAAGAGGGAAAUAUAUGUGUUCAAUUAUCCUCAUCCGAAGAUAGCUUGAUAAUUGGUGAUGAAGAUUGUCUGUAUUUAAACGUUUACACACCUAAUACUAAUGGCAAAUUACCAGUUAUGUUUUGGAUUCAUGGCGGUGGCUUUGCUGCCGGUAGCGGUGGAUCAGUCUUUACGGGUGGACCCGAUUAUUUUAUGGAUAAAGACGUGGUCUUGGUUUCUAUCAAUUACCGUCUCGGUUUACUUGGAUUUCUCAGUACAGAAGACGAAGUGAUUCCCGGUAAUUUCGGGAUGAAGGAUCAAGUGAUGGCUUUACGUUGGGUAAAGGAAAAUAUCGGCCACUUUGGAGGAGACCCUAGUAGUGUAACGAUUUUUGGCGAAAGCGCCGGAGGAGCCAGCACUGGAUACCACUUGCUAUCGCCUAUGAGCAAAGGACUUUUCCAUAAGGCUAUUCUUCAAAGCGGUACUCCUCUUUGCAGGUGGGCAGUCUCCGCGCCUGGUUUAAUUCGCCAACGUACCGAGGCCGCCGCGACAAUAGCCGGCUGUAAUAUCGACGACUCAGAAACUAUAUUGGAAUGCAUGAAAUCACUCCCUGCUAACGUUAUUACAAAUCUGUAUCGUAAUUUACGUACGUGGAAUGAACACCCAUUAGUUUUAUUUACUCCAACUUCAGAGAAAUGUAAUUCUGGUGCGUUUCUUUGUCACAAUCCACUUGUCCAAUUCCAACAAGAGUCUGACGUACCGGUCAUUAUUGGUGUUAACUCGGCAGAAGGUGGCUUAUUAGCCGCAGGAUUAUUUAACGACACGUCGUUUAUGUACCCAGAACUAAACUCUGAGUUCAAUCGUCUGAUAUCUGUAUUACUGAUGUAUAAUCACUUCACACUUCCAAAACAUUUGGCGGAAAUAGGUGAAAAGUUAUUGAAAAAAUAUUUUCCAUUGGGUAGAAUAGACGAUCAAUCACAUUUAAAUGCAGUAGACAUGUGUGGAGAUGGUUUUUUUGUGCACUGCAUCUUUCAUAUGGCCGUUAAAUUGACAUCGCCGGUGUAUUUCUAUUUAUAUGAUUAUCAAAAUGAAAUAUCAUUUAAUAAUUUUGUUGGUACAUCUAAAAGACCGCUAGGGGUAACUCACGCAGAUGAGGUUGGAAGUUUAUUUAACUUGAAAUUGUUAACGAAACACGAGCUGAACUUACGUGACACAGAAGUUUCUAAGACUAUGAUCAAUAUUUGGACAGAAUUUGCUUCGACUGACCAACCCACUAUUAAUGGCGAGAGAGACGGACAGGUCUGGCCAAAGUUCACAAGUAUCAACUAUUCUUUAGUGCUUCACGUGGAUUCGGCUCAACCAAAACUUAAACAAAAUCCAAUGAGUGAUAAUUAUAGAUUUUGGCAAGAACUUCCUCUAUUAUCGCGUUUGCAUGAUUAUUUAUCUGCAUCUCAAGACACAUCACGUAAUAUUAAAAAUUAACUUUAGUGAUGUUUUAUUUGUAAUAAUUGUAUAAAAAUGAUAUUGUUUGAAUUAAUCAUGUCACUAAAUAUAUUUUUUUAUUUUAAAACAAUACUAUAUCCUAUUCUAAAAAAACUGCACAAAAUAAAAAAAAAAUUUAAUUUAAACAUAUCCUCGAGUCAA